AUGAAGGGGACAAAUCGAAGUAGCAGCCUCUACCAGCCCUUCCUCGAUGAGGACGAGGUUCGCGAGGAGGCGGGAAGUGGAGUGGUGCUCUUCCAUAGGCGGUCUUGGCACCCCUGGGACCUGCUGUCGGGCCAAGUGGUGACAAUUACAACGCAUGCGAUUCGAGUAGAGGCAUCGCCCACGAUGAUGUGCUGUGGCAGCAAACGAACCAAGUCCAGCCUGCCCCUUGCUGACGUGCGUGACCUGGCCCUGCAGCCUGGAUGCCUGGGCACGCUAUGGCCCACAAUCUUUGUCUACUCGCGCCACGAUCCCCAUCUUCCUGCCCUUCGCCUCCGCACUCUCCGGGGCGCCACGGAGGUGUUCAAGGCCUUGAGAGAGGCUGUGUCCGAAGUGCACUCACGAGAGCUCAUGGGCCACGACCUCUAG